CGCAGCGCCUCCCCCCGUUCCCAUUCUCCCCCCAACUUCCCAGCCGCCUCUCCCCAAAAAAUCCACCCCAGCGCCCAACCUCUCUCGCCUCCGCCGCCACCGCCCGCCUCCAUUCUUGCCGCCGCUCCGCCCUCCGCCGAGCCCCUCCUCACCUCCGCCGACGCCCCUUCUCGCCGUCGCGCCUCAUCGACCGUCGAGAUCUGCCGCGCCACUUCCUGCGUCCGCCUGCCGUACACCGUCGAGCGCCACCACGCCGUCCGUCGUCCAGCGCCGCGCCGCCCCAUCUCCCGCGCCAGCCUCCUCGCCGCCUGCGUCGGGAACUUCCUCCUCGUCCUCGCCGCCGGAAACCUUAUCUGCUACCGCAACCGCCGCCAGGAGCUCCAACCUGCACGCCGCCUCCCCGCCGAACUUCAUCAACCCUCUGCUACCGAAGCCGCCAGGAGCCCGGCUCCUGUGCUCCACCGCCGUCUCCAGCAGGCAGCGAGAAGGAUAUAGAUGGACCAGGAGGUCAAGGAGUCAAAGCCCUCCGGCGAGCCAAACCUGUUCCUGCAAUGGGGCAGCCGGAAGCGGCUUCGCUGCGUCAAGUCCCGGGAGGACGGCUCGCCGUCGCCGGCCCGGUCGGAUGCGCUCAGGCGCACCAUACCCCGGGUGAAUCGGCCCCUUCUGGGAGGCGAUGUCGCACAGUUUCGUUCACCACGCCGCCCGAGCACUCUUCACCGGAGAAAAUCCGAGGCACAGGCGAGUGAGGCCAGGCAGUCCAUAUCCCUCUCACCAGAGAAGGACCGGUACUACUCCACCAGGGGUUCCCCAUUUCCCUUUGAGGGGAAUGGGUUUGAUUUCAGCGGCGGGGUGGAAGAGAAGGGCACCGCUGCUCUGCCGAGGUUCUUCAUCUCAUUGUCGAACAAGGAGAAAGAGGAGGACUUCUUGGCAAUGAAGGGCUGCAAGCUCCCACAGAGGCCGAAGAAGAGGCCCAAGCUGAUGCAGAAAUGCUUGCUUACGGUGUGCCCAGGAGCUUGGCUGUCAGAUCUCUCGCAUGAGAGGUAUGAAGUUCGAGAGAAGAAGAGCUCCAAAAAGCAGAGGGCGAGGGGACUGAAGGCGCUGUGCAUGGAGAGCGAUUCGGAGUAGAGGCAGAAGCAGGAUGGAUUCAUUUUUUGACAUCUGCUCGAGGCAGAGAAGCCGCACCUAGGUAGCAAUGGCGGUUCUUCUAACUAGGCAAUGCUCAGCAAGCAGCUAAUUUAGUGCCCGUUCCCCUUCUCCUUAUUCAUCGUCCCCUGUUUAAUCUCCAUGAUCCUUUCGUCUAAUUGUCUGUCGGAAACUCUGAAGAGAUUGUUGGUCUGGAACCAUGAAGCAAAAUAGUGGUAGUAGUAUAUUA